GUUAGGCGCCAUUUUGAUUAAAGUACUGUGGGGUUAGCAGGUAGUACUUUGUUAGCUAUUUUCUCUUUUUAAACCAAUUUAUACCUGAGUCGACUGACAGAGAUUAAGUCAUUUGAGUACACCGAAAAUGGCUACGGGAGCAAAUGCAACUCCUUUAGGGAAGUUGCACCCCAGUAUUGGCGCUAAACGAGGAUUUGACGCCGGGCCUGGUGCAGGGAACGGGUUGAUGCCAACACCGGGGCCGCCUGCAUCUUUUGCUUCGCUACAAGGUUUCCAACCCUCGAUUCCAAACGCAUCUUUUCCGCAGACUCAUCAAUUCAAUCCAGCGUCAGGUUUUACGACCCAGGCUCCUCAACAACCAGCCGCGGGGGCCGGACUAGCUAAACCAGUAGAUUUCGGUCAGAAGAAACAAAGGAAGAAGAGUCGUUGGAGCAGCGAGACGCCAGAUCAGAAGACGGUCAUCCCGGGCAUGCCCACUGUCAUUCCCCCUGGAUUGACCCGGGAUCAAGAGAGAGCCUAUAUAGUCCAACUGCAGAUUGAAGACCUGACUCGUAAACUGCGUACAGGAGACCUGGGAAUCCCUGUUAACCCUGAGGACAGGUCUCCAUCUCCGGAGCCCAUCUACAACAGCGAGGGCAAGAGGUUAAACACCCGCGAGUAUCGCACACGAAAGAAGAUCGAGGAAGAGCGUCACUCCCUCAUCACUGAGAUGGUUGGACUCAACCCUGAUUUCAAGCCUCCUGCAGACUAUAAACCUCCAGCCACCAGAGUCAACGACAAAGUUAUGAUUCCCCAAGAUGAAUACCCAGAAAUCAACUUUGUUGGUCUGCUGAUCGGGCCACGUGGUAACACACUGAAGAACAUCGAGAAGGAGUGCUGCGCUAAGAUCAUGAUCCGUGGUAAAGGCUCAGUGAAGGAGGGGAAGGUCGGCCGGAAGGAUGGACAGAUGCUCCCAGGGGAAGAUGAGCCGCUGCACGCCCUGGUCACCGCCAACACAAUGGAGAAUGUCAAGAAAGCUGUAGAACAGAUUCGCAACAUCCUGAAGCAAGGCAUCGAGACGCCGGAGGAUCAGAACGACCUACGAAAGAUGCAGCUGAGGGAGCUCGCCAGACUCAACGGCACUCUGAGGGAGGACGACAACAGGAUUCUCCGGCCCUGGCAGAACUCUGAGCCACGCAGCAUCACCAACACCACCCUCUGUACCAAGUGUGGUGGAGCAGGCCACAUCUCCUCUGACUGCAAGUACACCAGCACAUUCGCUGCUCACAGAGCAACAGGUGGCGAGCCGCCUCAGUCAGCCCAGGACAAGGCUCGUAUGGACAAGGAGUACCUGUCCCUCAUGGCUGAGCUGGGGGAGGCUCCAGUGCCCACUUCUGGUGGAGGACACUCCAGCUCCCAGGGAGGAGCACCGCGGACCUCGGGCCCCAACAACAACCAGCCACCACCGAACCGGCCGCCCUGGAUGAGCUCUGGCCCCACUGAGAACAGGAACUUCCAUGGUAUGCAUGGAGGGCCCGGGGGACACGGAGGACCCCACAACUUCCCUCCACCAAUGCCCAACAUGGGAGGACCCCCUCUGCCACCCAACCCCAAUGGCCUGCCUCCUCCCUGGAUGCAGCCUCCUCCUCCCCCCAUGGGCCAGGGUCCAGGACCUCAUGGACAUCCUAUGGGUCUGCUGCCUCCUCCAAUGGGUAUGAUGCCACCUCCCCCUCCCCCUCCCAGCAACCAGCCGCCUCCCCCUCCAUCUGGUCCCCUGCCACCAUGGCAACAGCAGGCUCCACCUCCUCCUCCAACCAGCAGCAUGGCAACCAGUACACCGUUGCCCUGGCAACAAAAUACCACCACUACGUCCAGCCCUGGCACUGGCACCCUGCCUCCAUGGCAGCAGCCUCAGCAGCCUGCAGCCUCCGGAGCUCAGCCCCCACCACCCAUGGGCACCCCAUCCAUGGUACCGCCUCCCCCUGGCGUCCAGCCCCCGCUGCCCCCCGGCGCCCCUCCUCCUCCCCCUCCACCACCUCCAGGCUCAACCGGCAUGAUGUACGCCCCACCACCACCCCCGCCACCCAUGGACCCCUCCAACUUUGUCACCAUGAUGGGAAUGGGGGUACCAGGCAUGCCCCCCUUUGGCAUGCCUCCUGCCCCCCCACCUCCUCCACCGCAGAAUUAACCCCACCACAAGAGUCUUGGCGCUGCAGCAGAUUGUUCACCAGAUAUCCAAUAGACUGAUGUUAGAGUGUCUAUGUGUGUCACAGAAAAUAUAACCAGUGCUUUAUUUUUUAUUAAUCCUGAAUAUUGUGAAACAACAAGGCCGUGUUAGUUCAAUUUGUAAAGUUGUGUAACUUAAUUAGUUAUUUUUCCUGUUUUUAAAGUUUAGAUUAAUACAAAGCUCCUUGUGUACACACACACACAGCGUCGCUCUCUGCCACAUGUUCUGCAGUGCUACACAACUUUGUCAUGUCAUUCGUUCAUCAAAUAAAUUUCUCAAAUAGCUGCAAGUUGAAUUUGUGCUGAACAGUCUCAUCAAACCUGGAAACGUAACUUUCAUUGAAUUUAAUAUAUUGAACUUUAACUUGCAUGACUCAUUUUAAACAGCCUUUGUUUAAAGUGACACAUUUAUACUUUCAUCUUCCCUGUGUCGGCUCUGAGUUGAAUAAGAUUAAUAUUUUUGUAAUGAGAUGUGAACCGUACCUUAGUUCUGUAGUUGUCUGAUUGUUUUCCAGAAAUUCCCAGGCUUUUUUUUUUUCUCUCUUUUGUUACUCGUGUGUGUCUCAGUUGUGAUGCUGAGUUUAAAGGGGGGUUUGAUGCUGCUGAGCCUCUGCCCCCCCCCUGCACUACUUGAAUGCUGAGAAUCUGAUAUAUCCUUGUUUUCCUGCCUCUCUCUGCUCUGAUCAGAUGCUGUGUGCAGUGUUUUUGUUGCUUCCGCAGGACGAACACAUCAGUUUGUCCUUUGAGUUGUUGGAGAAGGAAAAUGUCAGUUUUACUGUUUCCGGACUCGGUCUGUUGUGUUAUGGAAUAGCUGUUGAAAACUUGCUUGGUUUAGAAUUAAACUGAUCCAUUUCA